GGCGCCACUGUCGGAUUCAACGCCAACCAAGAUGGAGCCUUGCCCAGGGACAGCGUGUUGGCGGCGGCGCGAAGCACGACGGGCAAGCCGAGUCUGGUGCUGCGACCGUAUGGACUAACCAAGCGGGUGUGGAGUAUUUGGCCCCGUUCGUCCACUUCCAGGUCUGCUUCCAUCUGAAUCCGACCCCCCCACUCCAACAAACGUGACGGGUGCCGUGCGAAAGCGCCAUGUUCCUUGAAGCUACCUUUGGCCCCCUUUGGGACUGCAUGUGGAGGCGGCACGUAUCGAGGCAAGAUGGCGAUGUGGCCGUGAACGGACGGAGCUUGCCACGUACCUCGUCAUGGACAGUUCAUGUUGUGAAAUAUUCCGAUUGGGUGAAAUCCACCCGACGACCGCUAGCUGUGGCGGACAAGUGCUGCCAUAAACUACAGAGCCCACAUACGGCGGCACCGACGCGUCGGCAGUCGACUCGGGCAGUCGACGGGCGCAUCGCUGGUAUGGCGCAGGCAUUGCUUGGCGAACGUUGCUGGUGAUUCGAGCAACUCGGCAUUGGAGGGCGAGAAGCCGGAUAAAAUUUCCGGAUGUGCAGCUCCACCACCAAACGAGACGGAACAACGAUGGCGACGUCGCAGGUAUUUGACUUGUUCGGCGGGCGGACGCUGCAUGUGGCGUUCUAUACGGACGUGAAGAACAGCGCGUCGUUGCUGCAUAAGAUCCUGUCCAGCGAUCUCAACGUCGCCCUCAUCAACGCAGACAUGGUUGUGAGUCUGUUUCAAGUUCACGUUGCUGCGUCGCGGGCCCUGCUCUCUGCGCAGAACCACUCGCUCACAACCAACUCCCUCCACUCGGAGCUCGUGUUCAAUCUGUCUGGGUCGCGCAACGUCACCGACUCGCUUCGCAAAUUUGGCAUGAGCAACAACGCAACUCAGGUCCUUGUUUGUGCGUUUGACGAUCGAGGUGUCCUCGACGCGGUUGACAUUGACGGAACACCGACACCCGUGACCGCCAUCGACAACUGCGCCCACUUGACGCCAGAUCACGUCCAAGCGCUGAAGAAACACUACAAGAUUCACGACGUCGAGCUCCAAGUGACCACACUCAGUGACGCCAUCGUGAGUCGAAUCGCCACCAAGAACGUCAAUAAGUAACAACACGAGCAAUGUUUCAUGCGUUUGAGCAGCAGGGGGGCUUGCCACCCCGUGCUGGUCUUGGUUGAAUGGGAGUUCACCAGCGCAUAUUCGACCAACAUUGUGAACUGGUAUGGAGCGACUCGUCAGCCGCCGUCGUCGGAAGGCUGAUCCUCCUGGUCGAU